CUGCCAAAACAAUCACUGAAGAUAUUCCUGAAACCCUAGAAAAGACCUGGUUUUAAUUUGAAACCAGUUUUGGUUUCUUCUCCUUGAAGCUUCGUUAAGCCUCAUUCAUCUUUACGCAAUGAACGACCUACUAUCGGAAUCAUUUGAGAUCCCUCGAGGUCAAGGAUCUCAAGGUGGGGAUAUCGAAUUAGGAGCUCAAACGAAUGCAGAUGAACUAGGCCUUCAAAACUUCUUUAAAAAGGUUCAAGAGAUAGAUAAACAAUAUGAGAAGCUUGAUAAGCUACUCAAAAAGCUUCAGGAUGCACAUGAGGAGUCAAAGGCAGUGACCAAGGCUCCUGCCAUGAAAUCUAUUAAACAGCGAAUGGAAAAAGAUGUCGAUGAAGUUGGAAAAAUCUCUCGUUUUAUAAAGGGGAAAAUUGAGGAAUUGGAUAGAGAGAAUUUAGCCAAUAGGCAGAAGCCUGGGUGCGGAAAAGGAACAGGUGUAGACCGGUCAAGGACUUCAACUACUCUUUCCCUGAAAAAGAAGUUGAAAGACAAAAUGGCUGAAUUUCUGACUCUGAGGGAAACCAUCCAUCAAGAGUAUCGGGAUGUUGUCGAGAGACGUGUUUUCACAGUGACAGGCACAAGGCCGGAUGAAGAGACAAUUGAAAAUUUGAUUGAUACUGGAGAUAGUGAACAAAUAUUCGAGAAAGCAAUUCAGGAGCAGGGACGAGGCCGGAUAAUGGAUACCGUUUCUGAAAUUCAUGAGCGCCAUGAAGCUGUUAGAGACUUGGAGAAAAAGCUUCUUGAUCUACAACAGAUAUUUUUGGACAUGGCGGUGCUGGUUGAUGCGCAAGGAGACAUGCUUGACAACAUAGAAUCUCAGGUUUCAAGUGCAGUGGAUCAUGUGCAGUCUGGGAAUACAGCCCUCCAAAGAGCGAAAAGUUUACAGAAGAACUCCAGGAAGUGGAUGUGCAUUGCUAUCAUCAUCCUUCUCCUAAUCGUUGUAAUUAUCGUCGUUGCCGUGAUCAAACCGUGGAGCAACAACAAAGGUGCUUAGAUUCUGUCUUUAAUUUGUUAUAUAUAAUCAAUAUAUACACACUCGCAUUAUAGGAAUUCCACCGAUCCUUUGUCGGCUCUUGGUGUGAAUAAUUUGACGUCUAUAUUACAAACUCCCGUCUUAUUGCUGCUCGUCUUUGUUUGGUUUGAAUGCUGUUAUGAUUGAAGUUUGAAAAGAUUAUGUUCUUUCGAU